UAUUAGGAGCUAGGUUUUAUGAAAUCGCAGCGAGAAAUGAGAAUUGUAAGUGGGUAAUAAUAAUAAUAAUAAUAAUAAUUUGUAACGGCGCAUAGGGUACAAGAAACUUGGGAGAAGAAAAGUGAAGGAUGGUAAAGACAAGCCAGUGAGAAAAUUAGGAGUGAGUUUGGCGCUUUAUGGGGUUUUGAGUUUUAGAGAUUGAAAAGGGAGGUUUGUCAAUAAUAUAAUUGGGGUGAGGACUGAGGUUGGUGUUGCCUCCUGCUUGCGAUUCAUUCAACGGGGUAGCGCCUUACUAAAGUUUAAAGACUAAAAAGAUGGUAACUUCCAAGUAUCCUACUAAACGAAACAUCAAUGGAAGUACUUCUAGGACCUUGCAAUGUUGCUCGUGUUACAAAGAAAUAUCUGAGGCAGCAGCAGCAGCUACUACUGCACAGACCACACUUGAUUCAAAAGCAGUCUUAAACAGUGUCAAACUCAGCAUACCUGAGACAUCAUUACAUUAUGUUCCCUCAGAUUUCAUGAAGAGGUUGGUUCUUGCUGACUUGGAUCCUGCCACUGCAAAGCUAGCAAUUGGGUUUCUAGGCCCUUUUCUCUCAGCAUUUGGUUUUCUCUUCAUAUUGAGGAUAGUGAUGUCAUGGUACCCUAAACUACCUGUGGGGAAGUUCCCUUAUGUAAUAGCCUAUGCUCCCACAGAGCCUCUUCUCAUAGCAACAAGGAAACUGAUUCCUCCCCUUGCUGGUGUGGAUGUUACCCCUGUGGUCUGGUUUGGAUUGCUUAGCUUUCUUAAUGAGAUAUUAGUGGGUCCACAAGGAACUUUUAAAUAUUAUGAGAAACUUUUUGCAGUCAAAGUUAAAUAUUUUUUUCCUUUCAAUUUACUUUGGGCAGGAAUAGACUGAAUACAUUGUAGAAAUAGAAAUAUGCAAUAAAAUUGUUUGCACUUGGUCCACAGAAUUACAGAAAUAUAUGGCUUAAACAUUCUUUUGUUAGAAUCCCUUGUUCUGGAUGCAAUUUAAUGUUUUUCUUGUGCUUUCAUUUAGCAAUAAUUUAUGCAGUAUUA